AUGGCGAUCUGUACUUUUAAUGCACGAGCGCUUGCAUCGAAAGCGUGCAUCGAAGAUCUGAUGAUGCAAAACAGGAAGAUCAAGUACGACGUGGUCGGACUGACCGAGACGAGAAGGCACCGCCAGCUGCAUGCCACUUUUGAAAUGGGAGAGGGACUGUUCCUUGGAACAUGCGACAGUAGAGGUGUCGGCGGUGUAGAUGUCCUCGUCAACACGCACUUGGCCAUAAACAUCGAUUUGUACGAAAGCCUAACAACCCGAAUCGGACGUUUGCGAUUGAGAGGAUGUGGCUCAACCCCAGCUCUAACAAUCUUCGUUGCUUGCGCACCAACAUCGAGCUACAUCGAAGAACAGCUGGAAGCAUUUUAUAUAGAUCUGAAGAGGCCAUACAGAGUAGACCACACUUUCUUCAAGAUCACCGUCGGUGAUUUUAACGUCAAGAUUGGCCCUAGAGAAACGGCUGAAGAGCUUCACAUUAGGACUCACGGAAUGGAAUGA